AAAAAUACAUCUUUUGUCCAUUUUUAAUUUUUCGAGACAAACUAAAUGGAAUUUAAUUAUCAAACAUCUCUACCCAACACAAGCUAUUGAUGAUGGAUGUCAUGAUCAGGUGGAUGAAACAUAGGAGAGCUACGGGUGGCAACACACAAAUUCGGUGGAGGAGACUAAGCGGGGAGAAAAUCUCUGAGUUGAUCAGGCGAGUGCAAGAGAAAUGUGCAUGGGAAUCUGCCGGGGAGCUGAGGCUACUGAUAUGUGGGCGCAGACUGCUAACUGCAUCAGGGAAACAGCCAGGGAAGUGUUAGGUGUGAGCUUUGGUUCUAGGAGUAGGCAUCAGGGUGAUUGGUGGUGGAGUGAUUCAGUUCGAAGUAAGGUGGAAGCCAAGAAGGUGGCAUAUCUGAGGUACAUGGAUUGUAGUGAUGAGAAGGAAAGAUCGGCGUUACGAGUGGAGUACAAGAAGGUACAUAAAGAAACUAAAUUAGAUGUUACGAGGGCAAAGAAUGCUGCCUUUGAACGCCUCUACAAGGAUAUAGAGGAGAAAGGCGGUGUUAAUCAACUGUUUCGGCUUGCUAAGGUGCAUGGGAGGAAGGCCCGAGAUCUGGACCAUGUGAGAUGCGUGAAGGGCAGCGAUGAUCAACUACAGAGGCCAUUCACCUCGGUGCGGAGGUUAAUGGAAGAAUAUAGGGCUAGAAAGAAGGACCUUCAUAUGCUGCUUAUUGAUCUUGAGAAAGCGUACGAUAGGGUGUCAAGGAAGGUUUUAUGGAGGUGCCUUGAGUCGAGAGGAGUUCCCAUCGCGUACACUCGGGCGAUCAAGGAUAUGUACGGUGGGUCUAGGACUAGGGUAAGGUCCUCCGGGGGGCGACUCCGAGUCAUUCUCGGUAGGGAUGGGGUUGCACUAGGGGCCUACCCUUAGCCUUUUUUGUUCGUUUUGGUUAUAGAUGUCCUAACACAAGGUGUUGAAGAAGGGGUCCCAUAGUGCAUGCUUUUUGCGGAUGAUAUUGUGUUUAUCGACGACACGCGUGAGGGACUAAACGAUAAGUUGAAACUAUGGCGCUUUGCCCUUGAAACCAAAAGAUUCAGAAUAAGUAGGAACAAGACUG